AUGCGUGCUACCGGGUUGCUGUUGUUGGGUGCGUUGGCAGAGUUGGGUUCUGCUACAUAUAUCCUUGAGGAUGACUACCAGCCAAGCACCUGGUUUGAUCAGUUCAGGUUCUUCUCUGCGAAAGAUCCCACUCAUGCGUAUGUCGACUACCUCGACCAGGCGGAGGCUCGCAGUCAGAACUUGAUCGGCAUCAAGAACAACGCCGUCUUCCUCGGUGUCGAUCACACGAACAUUGCAACAGGGGAGGGUCGAAGAUCUGUUCGCCUCGAGACUAAGAAGGUGUAUAACCAUGCCCUGAUCGUAGCUGAUAUCAACCACAUGCCUGGAGGAGAGUGCGGGACAUGGCCUGCCUUCUGGACUACCUCUUCUGCCUGGCCGAGAGAGGGUGAACUCGAUAUCAUCGAAGGUGUCAACCAACAGAAACAAAACGACUACGCUCUUCACACAGCUCAGGGGUGCAGCAUCCCCGGACAAGGGGACUUUACCGGAACAGUCGUCACCCCUAACUGCGAUGUCAAGGCUGCUGGCCAAGCUGAGAACCAGGGCUGUCUGGUUGAGGAUUCAAAGGGAUCUCGGGGAUACGGACCUGAUUUCAACAAUGCUACAGGUGGUGUGUUUGCUACUGAAUGGACUGAUCAAGCCAUCUCGAUCUGGUUCUUCCCUCGUGAGGAGAUUCCAAAGGACAUCAAUAGCGAGCACCCCGACCCAUCCAAAUGGGGGAAGCCAUCUGCUUUCUUUGGCGGCUCGCAGUGUCCUAUUGGCAAUCAUGUUCGCAAUCAAAGAAUCAUUUUUAAUACUGCCUUUUGCGGAGGCUGGGCCGAUGGAAUGUGGCCCGGCGACCCCGUCUGCUCCAAGAAGGCCCCUACUUGCAUGGAAUACGUCCGCGAAAAUCCAUCUGCGUUCGAAGAUGCAUACUGGUCAAUCAACUACAUGAAGGUCUACCAACAGGGAACUGCUCCAACCAAGCCUAGCCAGGCCCCUGCACCGCCAUCCUCAUCCUCCACCAUGUCCACUAUCAAAUCUACUUCCACCGUCUCCUCUAUCGUCUCUGCCACUCCACCCGCCGCUCCCACUCCCAGCAAACCCGCCGAAGCGCCCAUGCCGCCUCCCAGCUCAUCCGGUAACAGUAGCCCUCUACCUACAGGCGGAAACGGAAACCCGGGUGACACUUGCCCUCCACCAACUCAACCUGCCUGCCGCACUUACGUUAUCACCAAGACAUACACACUCACAAGCACCAUGAUGCCACCCAGUCCCCAGAAGACAGGUGGUAUUGUCCCUAUCCCCUCUGCAGCCUUGAACGAUGACAAGGACACUGCUAACCGACGACGACGGGAUAUGGAGCGCCAUGCCAGACGCGCCCACCAUAACUAA